GACUCCCAGAUUGACAAACUCUUGCCUCGGGUUUAAAAGAAGAAAAGGGAAGGAGGGGAGGGGGGGGGAAGAGAAAAGAAAGUUUUGCGCCGCAGGAGCGAGGCAGGGGCCGGGGGCCAGCGCGGUGGAGCGAGCGCGGCGGAGCCCCCGAGAGCUUUUCGCCCAUCCCAUGGCUUUAUAGGGCGGCUGCUCUCCGGGGGGGGUGGGUUGGCGGGGGGGGGGUCCGAGCAGCUUUUUUUUUUUUUUUUUUUCUUCUGGCGGUUUUUUUUUUUUGUCCCCCCCGAAUUGUCCCGAGCUGGUGCCCCGUUUUUUGUGGACCAUGGAUACGCACACGCGGUGGAAAAGGCGCAGUUGGAUACGGAGCUGGCUGCUGCUGCUGCUGGGUGCCGUGUCCCUCGGCCGGGCAGCUGAACCUGCAGACCUCUUGAAGGUCCUAGAUUUUCAUAAUUUACCUGAUGGUAUAACAAAAACAACAGGGUUUUGCACAAGCAGAAGAUCUUCAAAAGAAGCAGAUGUUGCUUAUAGAGUAACAAAAGAUGCUCAGCUUAGUGCACCGACAAAGCAGCUGUAUCCUGCUUCCCCAUUCCCAGAGGACUUCUCCAUUCUAACCACUGUAAAAGCGAAGAAAGGAGGUCAGUCCUUCUUGAUCUCAAUUUACAAUGAGCAAGGGAUCCAGCAAAUUGGUGUGGAGAUGGGUAGAUCUCCUGUAUUCCUGUAUGAAGACCAUACAGGAAAGCCAGGCCCAGAAGACUAUCCUCUCUUUAGAGGCAUUAACCUAGCAGAUGGCAAGUGGCACAGAGUAGCCAUCAGUGUGCAGAAGAAAAAUGUCACCUUGAUAUUGGACUGUAAAAAGAAAAUAACCAAGUUCUUGGACCGAAGUGACCAUCCCAUCAUUGACGUCAAUGGCAUCAUCGUAUUUGGAACGAGGAUAUUAGAUGAGGAAGUCUUUGAGGGCGACAUCCAGCAGCUCCUGAUCGUGGCGGACCCCCGAGCAGCCCACGAUUACUGCGAGCACUACAGCCCCGACUGCGACACCGCCAUCCCCGACUCGCCCCAGUCCCAGGACCCCAACCAGGACGAAUAUUACACCGAUGGGGAGGGAGAAGGUGACACCUACUACUACGAGUACCCUUACUACGAAGACGUUGAUGAAGCUGUAAAGCCUGAGGCACCCACCACCAAACCUGCCCCCCCCGAAGUGGCUGCUGGAGAGCGACCUGAGACCAAGCAGGACUAUCCCGCCCCCACACCGUCACCCGACACAGGAAACCCCACGGGGCGGACGAAAGGGGACGCUGCGGUGGACGACCCCCUCGUGGACGAGUACAACUACGAGACCAUCAACGAGGAGUACUUCACGCCUCUCCCGUACGAAGAUGUCAACUACAAUGAAGAAGUAGACCCUGAGGGUGGACUCACCGAAAACGCCGUGGAAGCUGAGCUCCCCACGAGUACCGUUGUCACCUACAACGAGACUGAUAACCCUCAAGAAGGAGACGACCUGGAUAAAGAUUUCACCGAGGAAACAAUAAAAGAAUACGAUGGAAAUUACUACAACUACUACGACAGAACCGUGUCUCCUGAUAUCGGGCCGGGGAUGCCUGCAAACCAGGACACCAUCUACGAAGGGAUCGGGGGCCCGCGGGGUGAGAAAGGACAGAAGGGGGAGCCUGCAAUUAUUGAGCCGGGAAUGCUUGUGGAGGGCCCCCCUGGUCCCGAAGGCCCAGCAGGCCUUCCAGGACCUCCAGGACCAACUGGACCCGUGGGCCUUAUGGGAGACCCUGGGGAGAGAGGACCACCUGGCCGUCCAGGUCUUCCAGGAGCAGAUGGUUUACCAGGACCACCAGGGACAAUGCUUAUGUUGCCUUUCCGCUUUAGCGGAGGAGGAGACGCUGGCUCUAAAGGACCGCUCGUUUCAGCCCAGGAGGCCCAAGCCCAAGCCAUCCUGCAGCAGGCCAGGCUGGCGCUGCGAGGACCUGCGGGCCCAAUGGGUCUGACUGGGCGGCCCGGCCCCAUGGGACCCCCGGGCAGUGGAGGACUGAAGGGCGAAGCUGGAGAAAUGGGGCCUCAGGGUCCACGAGGCAUCCAGGGCCCUCCCGGCCCGGCAGGGAAGCCAGGCCGCAGGGGACGAGCUGGCAGCGACGGUGCCCGGGGAAUGCCAGGCCAGACAGGACCAAAGGGUGACCGAGGGUUUGAUGGCUUGGCUGGUUUGCCUGGUGAGAAGGGAAAUAGAGGUGAGCCAGGCCCCCACGGACCCCCUGGGGCACCCGGAGAGGAUGGGGAGAGGGGAGAUGAUGGAGAAGUUGGACCCCGAGGUCUGCCUGGAGAGCCUGGACCCCGAGGACUGCUGGGACCGAAGGGGCCACCAGGACCACCAGGGCCACCGGGUGUGGCUGGUAUGGAUGGACAAACAGGUCCCAAGGGGAAUGUGGGUCCUCAAGGUGAGCCGGGCCCCCCAGGACAGCAGGGCAACCCAGGUGCUCAGGGUCUUCCAGGUCCGCAAGGCCCCAUCGGUCCUCCAGGAGAGAAAGGGCCUCUGGGCAAACCCGGUCUUCCUGGCAUGCCUGGUGCAGACGGUCCUCCGGGUCAUCCUGGCAAGGAAGGUCCUCCUGGAGAGAAGGGGAGUCAGGGUCCACCAGGUCCUCAGGGCCCCGUUGGUUAUCCAGGACCACGCGGAGUCAAGGGAGCAGAUGGUGUUCGUGGGUUGAAAGGCACCAAAGGUGAAAAGGGUGAAGAUGGCUUCCCCGGCUUCAAAGGUGACAUGGGCAUCAAGGGAGACCGGGGGGAGAUUGGGCCUCCUGGCCCACGGGGUGAGGAUGGUCCCGAAGGCCCCAAAGGUCGCUCUGGCCCCAAUGGAGAUCCCGGUCCUCUUGGUCCUGCUGGAGAGAAGGGAAAACUCGGCGUGCCAGGACUGCCCGGCUACCCGGGCAGGCAGGGCCCAAAGGGCUCGAUCGGCUUCCCAGGAUUCCCAGGAGCCAACGGCGAGAAGGGCACACGGGGGACACCUGGCAAACCAGGUCCAAGGGGGCAGCGCGGUCCAACGGGUCCACGUGGGGAAAGAGGCCCUAGGGGAAGCACUGGGAAACCUGGCCCAAAGGGCAACUCUGGUGGCGAUGGCCCCCCUGGUCCUCCUGGCGAAAGGGGACCACCAGGGCCUCAAGGACCAACUGGAUUUCCCGGACCAAAAGGCCCCCCUGGUCCUCCUGGGAAGGAUGGAUUGCCUGGUCACCCCGGACAGAGAGGAGAAACUGGUUUCCAAGGCAAGACCGGCCCUCCAGGCCCCCCUGGUGUUGUAGGCCCUCAGGGUCCGACUGGUGAGACGGGUCCCAUGGGUGAGCGGGGACACCCAGGUCCUCCAGGUCCCCCGGGUGAACAAGGUCUCCCUGGCCUCACUGGAAAGGAAGGGACCAAGGGGGAUCCUGGUCCUGCCGGCCUCCCCGGGAAGGAUGGACCCCCAGGCUUGCGAGGCUUCCCUGGAGAGCGAGGUCUCCCUGGCCCCAUCGGUGCUCCAGGACUGAAAGGCAACGAAGGUCCCCCAGGCCCCCCUGGUCCAGCAGGCUCUCCUGGUGAGCGAGGCCCCGCGGGCUCAGCCGGCCCCAUCGGCUUGCCAGGGCGACCUGGCCCUCAGGGACCUCCGGGACCUGCAGGUGAAAAGGGAGCCCCAGGCGAGAAGGGUCCUCAAGGCCCAGCGGGUCGGGACGGCAUCCAGGGCCCGGUGGGACUGCCGGGCCCAGCAGGUCCUGUCGGGCCCCCCGGCGAGGACGGAGACAAGGGCGAGAUCGGGGAGCCUGGCCAGAAGGGCAGCAAGGGCGACAAAGGGGAGCAGGGUCCACCAGGCCCUACUGGCCCCCAGGGUCCAAUUGGUCAGCCAGGCCCAGCUGGAGCCGAUGGAGAGCCAGGUCCCAGAGGACAGCAAGGCCUCUUUGGUCAGAAAGGUGACGAAGGACCUCGAGGUUUCCCUGGUCCCCCUGGCCCUGUGGGCCUGCAGGGCCUGCCUGGACCACCCGGUGAGAAGGGAGAAACAGGUGACGUUGGGCAAAUGGGCCCGCCAGGCCCACCCGGGCCCAGAGGUCCAUCUGGACCACCAGGAGCAGAUGGUCCCCAGGGUUCUCCCGGAGGAAUAGGAAAUCCUGGCGCAGUAGGAGAGAAGGGUGAACCCGGUGAAUCUGGCGAGCCUGGUCUUCCCGGGGAGGUUGGCCUGCCGGGUCCUAAAGGUGAAAGAGGUGAAAAGGGUGAAGCAGGUCCCUCUGGUGCUGCCGGUCCACCUGGUCCCAAAGGUCCACCAGGUGAUGAUGGGCCCAAAGGCAGCCCUGGUCCAGUUGGUUUCCCUGGUGACCCCGGUCCUCCCGGAGAACCUGGUCCAGCUGGUCAGGAUGGUCCCCCUGGUGACAAAGGUGAUGAUGGCGAACCUGGUCAGACUGGUUCCCCAGGUCCCACGGGAGAGCCAGGACCCUCCGGACCCCCAGGAAAAAGGGGCCCUCCUGGUCCAGCUGGUCCCGAAGGAAGGCAAGGAGAGAAAGGAGCCAAGGGUGAAGCUGGUUUGGAAGGACCUCCUGGGAAGACGGGCCCAAUCGGUCCCCAGGGUGCUCCAGGGAAACCCGGCCCUGACGGCCUUCGAGGAAUUCCUGGUCCAGUUGGUGAACAAGGUCUCCCCGGAUCACCUGGCCCAGACGGUCCUCCAGGCCCAAUGGGCCCGCCUGGUUUGCCUGGUCUUAAAGGAGACUCUGGCCCUAAAGGCGAAAAGGGUCAUCCAGGUUUAAUUGGUCUUAUUGGACCUCCGGGUGAGCAGGGAGAAAAGGGCGACAGAGGUCUCCCAGGCCCCCAGGGCUCAGCAGGACCCAAAGGAGAGCAGGGUAUCACAGGUCCUUCUGGACCAAUUGGACCCCCAGGGCCACCAGGAUUACCGGGUCCACCUGGUCCCAAAGGUGCUAAAGGAUCGUCAGGUCCAACAGGUCCAAAGGGUGAAUCGGGUCUUCCUGGGCCCCCAGGGCCUCCUGGUCCUCCUGGAGAAGUCAUCCAGCCGCUGCCCAUCCAGGCCUCCAAGAGGACAAGGCGAAACAUCGAUGCCAGCCAGUUGGUGGAUGAUGGAAAUGCUGACAACUACAUGGACUAUGCAGAUGGCAUGGAGGAAAUUUUCGGCUCACUGAAUUCCUUGAAACUGGAAAUUGAGCAGAUGAAGCAUCCAUUGGGAACUCAGCAUAACCCAGCUCGCACCUGCAAAGAUCUGCAGCUCUGUCACCCCGACUUCCCAGAUGGUGAAUACUGGGUUGAUCCUAACCAAGGAUGUUCCAGGGACUCUUUCAAAGUUUACUGUAAUUUCACAGCUGGUGGAGAGACUUGCAUUUUCCCAGAUAAGAAGUCUGAAGGAGCUAGAAUUACUUCUUGGCCAAAGGAAAACCCAGGCUCCUGGUUCAGUGAAUUCAAGCGCGGUAAACUGCUCUCCUACGUGGAUUCGGAUGGGAACCCCAUCGGAGUGGUGCAGAUGACUUUCCUCCGGCUCCUGAGCGCCUCGGCCCACCAGAACAUCACCUACAACUGCUACCAGUCCGUAGCCUGGCACGAUGCUACCACCGACAGCUACGACAAGGCCAUCCGCUUCCUGGGCUCCAACGACGAGGAGAUGUCCUACGACAACAACCCCUACAUCCGAGCCGCCUUCGACGGCUGCGCGGCAAAGAAGGGCUAUCAGAAGACUGUCCUGGAAAUCAACACGCCCAAGGUCGAGCAAGUACCCAUAGUCGACAUCAUGUUCAAUGACUUUGGAGAAGCGUCACAGAAAUUUGGAUUCGAGGUGGGACCGGCUUGCUUCAUGGGCUAAGAGCCACCUGAAAACUAGUCUCCAAAUGAGCAACCUCGUAACCUCAUUGCGCCAUUUAAUUAAUUAAAAAAAAAAAGAAAGAAAAGAAAAAAAAAAAGAAAAAAAGAAUUCCUUGUCACAUGCACGUUCUGAAACUGGACAGCGAUGGGUUAUUUUUUUUUUUCCUUUUGUUUUGUUCCUCGUCUUGCCCGAGUUCCUCUGUGCCGCUGCACCCACACGAACCCAACCGCGAGGACCGUUCCCGCGACAGACCAGAAUCGCAUGACCUGAGGCCACACGUGUGGCCCCGAGACCUGUCCCCAUGUCACCUCCCUCCCGCAGCCACCUCUGCACAGCCACCCAGGCAUCCGGAGAUGGAAGCACAUCAAAGACUUGAGAUGAUGCCAAGAGCUUGGCUGGAGGUUAUUGUUUGUCUCUAAGAAAAAAAAUACAGGAAAAAAAACUUGAAACUCCUGCGUUCGGCUUGACGUUGAAACCGGGGCAGUCCUGGCUCUAAUCCAAACCCUGCUGAAGUUCUUCAUGGUCAUCUCGUUGGCUUCCGUGAGAUUUGGAUCGGGUCUAGCAAGCAGGUGUAAUGGCCGUUUCCAGCAUUUGUAGUACCGCCCUUGAAUCGCCUGAUUCCACUUUUUACAAAAUUUCACCCACCCAAUUCGGUCGCUAAAAGCCACGCCGGGCGUCUUCUUCCCCGUGUCUUAAAGGUGCUUAUAUUUUUGUAUGUUUGUAAGUAAGUAUGUGUAUUGUAUAUUAUUUUAAGUGGUUAAACGUUCCUGGCUUCAUAACAUGCAUGUGACCCUGUCCGUACGAUGACAGCCCUGCCACGCGCGCCCCCCCUGGCGCUGCCCCACACCCAGGGGCUGUGCCCAGGCACGAGGCUCUGUGGGGUGAGGCCUCCCUGACCCCCCCGGCCACUGAUGCCUUUGGAAGGAUUUGCUCCAAAAUAAGGAAAACAAAGCCACUUCUUGCUAAGAUUGCUGAAAAACGCCGACCUAAAAGCGGGAUCCCAUUUGCAUCUCUGCCUUUUAUACCCCUGCUCACCUUAAUAUAUGUGUUUUAAGUUAAUUCUUCUCGCCUCCUUUUUUCCUUCAGCAUUCUUUUAAAAUAUUAAAAAAAAAAAUCUAUUCCCAGCGGCAGAUUGCACUGGCAGGGGAAAUCCAUUUGUCCUCUCUGAAUACCAAGUGUAAAACAAAACAAAAAAAAGGAGGAAAAAAAAAAAGGUGCUUUUUAUUUUUACAUGUCUCUGUGGUGCUAUCUAUUUGAGUAACAUUUACACAACACUGGUUAUACCCUGCCAGUGACCAGUCUCCCACUGGCCUUUGCUUUAGCCACUUCCAACGCAGACUGCACGCUUUUGCUACAGUCUUUGAUUAUAAAUGCAUGCCACCUUCAUAUUCGUUAUGUAGAAGGUCUGCUCCUCUCUUUAAUUGUAUUACAGUAGCUUUUACGGCCCGUGUAGAAAGUAUUAAAUGUGCUUACGCCUUUUUUUUUUUUUUUUUUUUUUCAAAAAAAAUAUUCAUGCAUUUUAUAUGGUGGUAAUCACACCAGAUUGUACUCAGUCGCUGAAUGUUUGUGGUGCUAAUUUAUGUACUUGUUUGCUGUCCGGAUGUGAGGACGAAGCUGCAUGUGCAAUUCUCUUUGUCUGCCCACGGUGGCUGCCAGGAUGGCUUUUUUUUUUUUUUUUCUUUUUUCUUUUUUUUUUCCAUGCAGCAUUUUUGGAUCGCAACCAGCUGAGACCACCUUUCUUCACCAUUUGUUUGUUUUCUCCCUGGCCAUUUCCUUGUUUAGAUCUCUUGGCUGGCAAAUAGAUGUUGCAGGGUUUUUAUUAUUAUUAUUAUUAUUUGGCCUGGAGUAUUACAGCGACGGUUGAGCCAAGGGGGGCCUGCCACCGUAAAGGAAAGGACAUCACAUUUACUGUGAAGAAGAGCCUAUAUAUGAUGUCUUUUCCCCCCUCCUUCCCUAGCAGAGGAGGGAGCGAUGCCGAGCCCGUGCCCGUGGUGUUGGCUCGAGGCGGCGGCGGGAGCUGCGACGCUGCGUGGUGCUUUUGGGUCUGCAAGAGCCGUGUCCAUCCGUCUCCCUUCUUGUGUUGUGUUCUGUCUAUUUUUUUUUUCCACUGGGGGAAAAAAAAAAGAAAAAGGUGCUAUCCUAAAAAACUGCAGACUCCAGCAGCAAAGCAGUGCAGAUGAGUAUAUAAAUGGUAUAUCGCAGAAUUUAGCUGCUCACCUUGGCGAGAGCCUUGUCUGGGAACAGUGGGAAGGUCAGGAAAGGUUGCACGUUCCUCUCUGCAACAGAUAAGCCAUAUAUCAACGUAUGUACACACGUGUGCGUCUGUCUAGGUCAUGUGAUUCUGUUACGAUGAAUUUUCAUCAAGGGAGCUUUUUUCUUCUUUUUUUUUUUCCUUUUAUUUCCUUGCUUUAAGAAAAAAAAAUCCUCUGUUGAAUUCCACAGUGUUGUAAUUGUACUGAGCUCCAAACUGUUCCGAUUUCCCCAGACCACUUAGCUACGGUAUAUUGCAAUAAAAUUACUACUUGUAUUUGCAGACAUUCUUUUUGUGUAAUUUUAUUUCCCUCUUCCCUUAAUAUAUGACUUGAACAAAUGUUGAUAAGAAAAAUAAAACCUAUGGAAAAGAAAAAUUUAGUACAUAAGGCCCUUUUUAAAAUAUACUGUCAAAUGACAUAUUGUACAUUUCUUCAAAGUCCAAUAAACAUGUCAUAAAAUUUAA